CGGCCGAAAAUGAAACAAAAAGGCCAAAGCUCGACUGCUGAACAAAAAUGUUUAAUAGGCCCAAAAAUGGCCUCUAAACGAGUUCGUACCCAAAAAAAAAAAAAAUACAUAGUCCAUUGCCUUAUGCAUAGGAUGAUAUGGACAAUACGCAUAGGUAUUGUGCUUGUUUUAAAUUUAAGUUAGAAGUCAGGACUUUUCUUUCUUUGUCACCCUGCUUAAAUUGACUUAAAUAAUGGCAUUACAUAUUUUUAAGUUUGAAGGACCGCAAUGAACCAGUUAAUUGUAUUUUUUAAAAAAAAAUCAUAAUACUAAAUUUGACGACGUCAUUCAGCCUAAUCUCGUGGAUUUUAUUCCGGAAAGAAAUCUCUUAAGUUUUAUGGUAACCAUCGUUGGUUAUGCUGAUGACAUUAUUUUUUUUCCAUUUUGUCUAUUUUAUGUGACAUGGCAAUCAACACGAUUAAUUAUUUAUAUCAUUGCUUGCCUUUUUUUAAAAAAAAAAUGUUGCUUAAAUAAUUCCAUCGACCCGAAGAAAAACAUCCAUUUCGAUUUUGAGGAAAGAGGCGAGUAAUUGUCAGGAUCUAACAAACACGAAUAGACAAGAUUACUUCUGAUUUAAAUUUUUUCAGAAGCCAAUUUGGAAAGUGACAUUAGACAUUAGUUAAUUGAUGAAAACCGUAUGUUACUUCAACCGUAUGCUAUUUUUCAACCUACCGCUGUAAUGUCGUAUAUUUCAAGAAAAAAAUAUGCUUCUGAAUCAAUAAAUUAUGCGGCAUAAAUCUUGCUAGUUACUAUAUUAGAUACAAUUAUCAAUUAUGAAUGCCAUGUGCAAGGAGCGAAGGAAAACCGUAUGCAAAACUGUUCAGUCUUCAGUCUUCACAAGUAAAGCCGUUCGUUCAUUUCACAUGUGAUUUAAUUAUUGCGUGCAAUAUAGGGCAUCCUCUGUUGUGAAAUGACUGAAAUCUAGUACUUUUCUCAAGAUUGUAAGGUUUCUAUAGCGAGAAAAUGCCCUAAUCUCGCUUCUUAAUUCAGUUGGAUGGUUAGUCUUGAUUGACAAUAACCAGGAAUGGGGAAAACCUAAUGAGAAUUUCAUGAAAUUAAUUAUGGGAAUCGAAUCGGGUAAUCAUAAUACAGUCGAUGGUUGUUUGAGUUAGGUAGAAGCAGUGAAAAGGCUCUAAAAGAUGAAGCUCUUAACCCCUUCAGAUCAAUUCACCAUCUAAACAUGGCAACAUAUUUAAGGAUUAAUCCAAUUCCCGAGUCAAAGGCUGAAUUUUUGUAGGUACCAAGUCCACCAUUAUAUCCGUCACAAGAUGGAGCGGUUUAACAAACUCAAAUUCCGGCCUGUUACCUACAUUAUUCUCACUUGUUGCCCGACAUAACGCCCACGCUUUUCUCUUUUAAGCUCAGUUUCAAUCCUCCUCCGUUACACCCUACAACUUGAACACCCCCCCUUCUUCUGCUUCUGCCUUCUGAUGGGAAACAGAAUCUCGUUUGGUCCCUCUGAUGGCAAAGGGAAGAUUGUUCACUGGGACGGGUCUGUGGAGGAAUUUGAGAAACCAGUAAUGGUGGCGGAGCUUAUGCUGGAGCAUCCACAACAGGUGGUGGUGGAGUUCCACUCUGCUUUGAACCACAACAGGCCAGUCCCUCUGGCUGCUGAUAAGAAGCUCGAGAGGAACAACGUUUAUCUAAUGCUUCCGUUGAGGCGGGGGAAGCCUGUUAGAUUGAACAGCGAAGAAAGUCGACGCAUUCUUCUGAUGCUUCAGUCUGCUCUGCAUUCCAAGUCUCUCUUGUUUUCUUCCAGGUUUCUUUCUCGGCUUGCUCGGGUGUGUCGCGAGAGACCCGUCGGGGAGAAGGUGUUGCAGAAAAAUCAAGAGAAAGAGAACAUUAGAGAGAGGUACGUGUGUUCUGAGUUAUUGCCUGAAAUUACAGAAAGCACUCCUGAGUAUUUGAGCAGGCAGUUUUCUGGUAAGGAGUGGAAACCGAGCUUGGACACCAUUGACGAGAAGAAGAUUCAGGGAAAAAUAACAGGCUGCCUGUUUCCCUAGGAGUGUCCGGUAUAAUGUUGCUUCUUCUUCCUUUUUUAAUAUCAAGGGCAUUAAAUCUUGGGUGAGGACUUUCUGCUUCUGAUUCUGCUGUUUCGUUUGCGAUUAAUCUCAGCAACACCAACGAGUUUGGAGGCAGAACAUGUCUUUAGAUGUCAGUUUGUUGUGUUAAAAUGGCAGUCUGCAGUCA